UCUGCAAGCUCCGUUUUUUUGUGCUCGAGUGAGAAGGUUCCAGUCGGUUGUCUUGCACGCGGAGUCAAAAUGAUGGGAGGACCAGUUCUCGUGUUGAGCCAGAAUAUAAAAAGGGAGUCUGGGAGGAAGGUCCAGACAGGAAAUAUCAAUGCUGCAAAGACAAUAGCAGACGUAAUCAGGACCUGUCUUGGGCCGAGAGCCAUGAUGAAGAUGCUACUUGAUCCCAUGGGUGGAAUUGUAAUGACCAAUGAUGGCAAUGCUAUCCUGAGAGAGAUCCAGGUGCAGCACCCAGCAGCCAAGUCUAUGAUCGAGAUAAGCCGUACCCAGGAUGAAGAGGUUGGGGAUGGAACCACCUCUGUAAUCAUCUUGGCGGGUGAGAUGCUCUCUGUGGCUGAGCAGUUCCUGGAACAGCAGAUGCAUCCUACUGUGGUGAUCAGUGCUUACCGACGGGCUCUGGACGACAUGCUCAGUGCACUUAAGGACAUCAGCACUCCGGUGGAUGUCAACAACCGUGAAAUGAUGCUUAAAAUCAUCAACUCUGCCAUCAAUACCAAGGCACUGAGCCGCUGGUCAGGGUUAGCCUGCAAUAUUGCGUUGGAUGCCGUACGUACUGUGGAGCUGGAUGAAAAUGGCCGUAAAGAGAUUGACAUCAAGAAAUACGCCAAAGUGGAGAAGGUCCCUGGUGGAAUCAUUGAGGACUCCUGUGUACUGAAGGGUGUGAUGGUAAACAAAGAUGUGACACACCCCCGCAUGCGUCGCCUCAUUAAAAAUCCUCGCAUUGUACUCCUGGACUGCUCCCUGGAGUAUAAAAAGGGCGAGAGCCAGACUGAUAUUGAGAUCACCCGUGAAGAAGAUUUUGCAAGAAUUCUGCAGAUGGAGGAGGAGUACAUCCAGCAGAUCUGCGAGGACAUUAUCCGCCUCAAGCCUGACUUGGUCUUCACUGAGAAGGGCAUCUCUGACCUGGCUCAGCACUACCUGAUGAAGGCCAACAUUACUGCUAUCCGCCGAGUCAGAAAGACGGACAACAACCGAAUUGCCAGAGCCUGUGGCGCACGUAUUGCAAGCCGCACGGAUGAGCUUCGAGAAGAUGAUGUUGGGACAGGGGCAGGGUUGUUUGAGGUGAAGAAGAUUGGGGAUGAAUACUUCACCUUUGUGACUGAGUGCAAGGAUCCAAAGGCUUGCACCAUCCUGCUGAGGGGAGCCAGCAAGGAGAUCCUGGCGGAAGUUGAGCGCAACCUCCAGGAUGCCAUGCAGGUGUGCCGUAAUGUGCUACUUGACCCUCACCUGCUGCCAGGUGGUGGGGCAGUAGAGAUGGCUGUAUCCCAGCGACUGAUGGAGCACUCCCGUGCCCUCACAGGGGUCGAGCAGUGGCCCUACCGUGCUGUAGCCCAGGCCCUGGAGGUCAUUCCCCGCACCCUCAUUCAAAACUGUGGGGCCAGCACAAUCCGUGUGCUCACCUCACUCAGGGCAAAACACACCCAGAAGGACAACGUCUCAUGGGGAGUGAAUGGGGAGACAGGCACCCUGUCUGACAUGACCGAGCUGGGCAUCUGGGAGCCGCUGGCAGUGAAAGCACAAACAUACAAGACUGCUGUAGAGACUGCCAUUUUGCUACUUCGUAUUGAUGACAUUGUUUCGGGACACAAGAAGAAGGGAGAGGAACAAAGCGGGGGAGCCCAAACUGGGGGAGGCCAGGAGGCGGAGUAAAGGAAGAUGGCUAGAGGAAGAGCUGGAUGAGGAUAUAAGGGUUCUUUUUGGAGGGGAAAAACAUAGAGGGAGAUUGGAGGGAGUUUCCCUCAGAGGCUUCCACUAUGCUAAUAAUUACUAGGUGAGACUGCAACAUAAACCAAAUAAAAAUUGGGACCCAUUUCCCAGAAUUCUUCUUGUUGAGUACAUGGCUAGACCAUAUUCCUUAAGCAUACAGCAGA